GACUUCUUUGAUGUGAAAAAGUCAGCUGUGUCUACACAUCCGCAGUGAGUCUAUCACCCACAUAAAACCACAGGACUGUGAAAGUAACACCCACUGGACGGUUGCAGUAAUGAGAAUCUGCUCUUCCUCCACUAACUUUACAGAGACUCAACUGAAGAGAGACUAAGUCUUAUAACAAUGCCCAUGUGGACUGUCAUCUUGUUUUUCAUCUGUGUCCACGAUGCUAAAACAGAUGAAAUGAUUUCAGUGAUGGAGGGAGAGUCUAUCACGCUGAACUCUGGUGUUACUGAAACACUUCGAUCAGAUUAUAUUCUGUGGUGUUUUGGACCUUCAGAGAUUCGUAUUGCUGACAUUGAUGAGCAGGUCAUCACUAUAUAUGAGCAAAGCACGAGAUUCAAAGACAAACUGCAGCUUGACAGUCAAACGGGAUCUCUCACCAUAAAGGACAUCAGAACCACAAACUCUGGACUUUAUAAACUAACUGUUCUCAGCCAACGAGGGGUUUCACACAAAACAUUCACAGUUAGUGUGUUUGCACCUGCUUCAACACCUGUCCUUCACACAAUCCCACACGUUAGCCAUGAUCCAGCUCCUGUUUCAACACCUGUCCUUCAGACAAUCCCACGUGUUAGCCAUGGUCCAGAUCCUCUGCCCAUUCCUGUCAUCACCAGGGACUCUUCACAGUGUUCAUCAUCAUCAUCAGUGUCCAGAUGUUCACUGGUGUGUUCAGCUGUGAAUGUGAGUCAUGUGACUCUCUCCUGGUAUAAAGGAAUGAGUGUAUUGUCCAACAUCAGUGUGUCUGAUCUCAGCAUCAGUCUCUCUCUACCUCUGGAUGUGGAAUAUCAGGAUAAAAACACUUACAACUGUGUGAUCAACAAUCCUGUCAGCAACCAGACCACACAUCUGGAUAUCAGUCAACACUGUCAACCAUGUGAAGACUCUGUCCAGUGUUGUGGUUUCACUGAAGCUGUGAUCCGAUUGGUCGUCUCUGCUCUGGUGGGCGUGGCUACUGUUGCUGUGCUGAUUUAUGACAUCAGAUCUAAUCAAAUUAACCAGUAGAGGAGAACACAUGUACAUCCACAUCAGUCCCUCACUGAUACAAUAUAGUGUUGAACUGAACAACAGUCUCAUUACCCUCAAAUACUACUCACCCUCACAUAAUGGGUUAUUAUGGACUUCAUUUUUAAUAGACUUUCCAAAAAAAAUAGGGUACAAAAACUGGUGUCCUCCUAGUUCAGAACAGCAAUAAAGGCACAAAUACCACACCAUUUGGGAAGAUAUUUUAACUAAACAAUGUCACACAAGCAACAGUGCAAACAAACAUCCACAGUAUCAGAUCAUCACUUUUCACUUCAGUAACAUCAGAAUGACAGAAUCUUUCUCCAUCACUGAAUUAUGCUAGUUGAUAUUCUGAUCAUAUUUUUUUUUAAAAAAGUUUUAUAGACUCUGAGAAGGAUUCUUAAAGGACCAGCACAUCCUCUCGUACCUCUGCUUGAAGAAUUUAUUAAAAGUUAAAAGUCCUUUAAAGUAAACCUGCUGCACAUAUGAAUAAAAAGGCAUUUUUCCACUUUAACAACUUUUAUAUAUCACU